AUGAGGAUUCAAAUUAAGGGAGGAAUUUGGAAGAACUGCGAAGAUGAAGUUCUGAAAGCAGCUGUUAUGAAAUAUGGAUUAAAUAACUGGUCUCGUGUUGCUUCCUUACUUGUUCGAAAAUCAGCAAAGCAAUGUAAAGCACGCUGGUAUGAAUGGCUUGACCCAUCUGUUAAAAAAACAGAAUGGAGCAAAGAAGAGGAAGAAAAACUAUUACAUCUAGCGAAAUUAUUUCCAACUCAAUGGAGAACUAUUGCUCCUAUAGUUGGGAGAACAGCACAACAAUGUUUAGAACAUUAUGAAUAUUUAUUAGAUGAAGCUGAGGGAAAAGUUUAUGAUAAAAAUAAAAAUCCUAGGCAAUUAAGACCAGGUGAAAUUGACCCCGCUCCAGAAACUCGGCCUGCUCGUGCUGAUCCUGUUGAUAUGGAUGAUGAAGAAAAAGAAAUGUUAGCAGAAGCUAAAGCUAGAUUAGCAAAUACUAAAGGGAAAAAAGCUAAAAGAAAAGCCAGAGAAAAACAAUUAGAACAAGCAAGAAGGUUGGCAUUAUUACAAAAAAAAAGAGAACUAAAAGCUGCUGGUAUUGUUUCAAAUAAUCAUUAUAAAAAAAAUGAUAAAAAUAAUAUCGAUCAUAUUAAUGAAAUAUUAUUUGAAAGGAAGCCAUUAAAAGGUUUUUACAAUGUAGAAAAUGAACAAAAUAUUGAAGAAUCUCAAUACGGAAAUAAAAAUGACCAAAGCACAUCUGCUGAUAGUAAUAACAAAAUAAGAAGCAUAAAAUCGAUGGAGGUAGAAAAUAUAAAUAGAUUAACUGAUUUGGGACAAGAUGAUAAUAAACAACAUAAAAAAGGUAAAAAAAAUAAAAACGAAGAGCAUGAUCUUUUAAAUGCUAUCGAAAACUAUGAUAAACAAUUUAAUGAAUUAAGUCAUCUAAGAAAACGUGUUCGGUUAAAUUUGCCUGAACCUGUUUUAAAUGAAAAUGAAUUAGAUGAAAUUAUUCAAAUUAAUAAAGAAGCAACAUCUUUUAAUCAAAUAAUAAAGGAUUAUAAUGAUAACAAUCUGGUAAAUGGGCCUAUAAAUAAUAUAUUACCUAGUAUAGCCAGUACACCAUUUGUAUUAAAUCAAGGAGAUAUGCUAUCAUCUAUAGGAACAAAUUUAUAUAACGAAAACAAUAAGUCAAUAAAAUUUUCAAGUGUCCUAGAUUAUAGUAUACAACAAGCGGCUCAAAGUAUAAUAUCGAACAAUAUAAACAUGCCUAUCUUGUAUAGAAAUGAAGAAUUCACAAAAGAUUCGCAAAAAAAAGUACAAAAUAAUAAAAGCUAUUCAAAAAAUGAUGAUAGUAUAGAUGAAGGAAACAUAUUUGAUGAUGAUGAUAAUAAUGCCGUUGAUGAUAUUAGAGAACAUUCAAAAAAAAUAAAAGAAGAAAUUGAAAAGAAUAAAAAUAAAAUGAAAAAUGACGAAGAUAUAGCAGAAAAACAAAGGCUAUCUGCCAAAAACAAAAUUAUUAGUGAUAUAAAAAGUUUUAGAAAAAAUAUAAGUGUAUAUGCACAAUCUAUUAUAUCCUAUAAAGGUUUUAAAAAUGAUAAUUCUAUGAUUAAUCCGAGUGCAUUAGUAAAUGAAGAUAUGAUUGAUGACGAUGAUGAUAAUUAUGAGGAAAGAGUAGAUAGAGCUAAAUUGCUUAUAAAGUCCUCUUUAGCGAAUUUACCAAAAGAAACAAAUGUUAUCGAACUACAAAUACCAGAGAAUGAUAAUAUUCCAAAUGACGAUGGAGGAAUGGAUAUGGAAUUAGAAGAAGAUGCACAAGAGGCUGAAAAAAGAAAAAAAAUGGAAGAAAUAAAAAAAGAACAAGAUAAAUUUAAUAAACAAAAUAAAGUUAUUCAAUGGAAUUUACCACGACCAUAUUUCUUGCAAAAAAUAAAUAUUUUCAAUGUACCAAAUAUAGAUAUAAAUGACGAACAAAGGGUAAUACAAAAAGAAUUAUUAUCUAUAAUAAAAAAUGAUAUGUUUAAUUAUCCCAUUAAAGGAGCUGAGCCUGUCCAAAGUAUGAUGCCAUAUUAUGACGAUGUAGAAGAUUCCUAUUUACAGCUAGCUCGAAACUCUAUCAAUACAGAAAUCGAAAAAAUUAAGAAUCUUGGAGUUAAAAAUGGAUAUUCGUUUAUCCAAUUUGAUAAUAAUACAGUAAAUCCUAAUAUUACAUUAAAAGAAAAUAUGCAAAAUGAAAAUUCAAAUGAAACAAAUAAUGAAACUGAAUUUGAUGAGGUUGAUAAAAAUCCUUGGGCUGAUUUAAAUGAAAAAGUUAUGUUUUGCCCUUCAAAAAAUAUUUAUACAUUUGUUGAAAAUAUGCAAGAAAAGGAUAUAAUAGAAUGCUAUAAAUACAAAUGUGAUACUUUAAAAAAAUUAAUUAAUAAAAAUAUGGAAAUGUAUAAAAAAAUUGAAAAUAAAUAUGAUAUAUAUACUAAGGGAUAUCAACUAAAAUUGAAAAGUUACAAAAAAACGUUUAAUUCCAAUUUUAAUACAUACAUUAAUCAUUUGAGUGAGCAAGAAGCUUUAUAUAAUUUGCAUGAAGGGGAACAAGUUUAUGCAUUACAGCGUAUGCAACAAGAGAAGGAAGAGAAUAAAAAGGAACUAGAAUAUCAUAAAUCUUUACAAAAUAUAUAUGCUGAGUUGCUUGCCGCAAAUGAGCAAUUGAAACUUGCCCAAGGAAAUAAAUAA